CAGCUCGCAAUGUCCGCCGGAAUGGUGUCCCAGUUCAAGGAAGCCACCCAAUCGGCGAGGGCCACGCUCCGGCCAUGGGGUGAGCUCCUGGAACCCACCGCACUCAGACUCCCCUCCAAUCUCUCCGACGCGACGACCCGACUCGUCCAGAACUUGACCCACUUCCGGUCCAACUACGCCCUGAUCGCCCUGAUCGUGCUCUUCCUCAGCCUCCUCUACCACCCGUUCUCCAUCAUCGUCUUCUUGAUCGUCUUUGCCGCGUGGCUCGUACUCUACUUCUUGCGUGACCAGCCCCUCGAGGUGUUCGGGUUUGCGGUCCCGGACCGGGUCGUGAUGGUUUUUCUUGCCUUGGUGACGGUGGUGGCUCUGGUCCUCACUCAUGUGUGGCUCAACGUCAUCGUUUCGGGUGUGAUUGGGGUCGUUUUGAUUGGGUUGCACACCGUGUUUAGGGGGACGGAGGACCUUGUGAUGGACGACCAAGAAUCGCCGUAUGGGGCUCUGCUCUCGGAUGAUGCUGACCCAAGUGGGAAUUACACCAUUAUGUGACUGUUCCUCUCCAAAUUUUAUGAGUUGGUAGCAUUUCAUCAUUGUUCGAUCAGGUACCUGUGUUCCAGACAAGCCUCCAAUGGGGGUCAACCUCUAACCAACAGAUCGAGUUGUGAUGUCGUUCUUCCUUCUGAAGUCGGAAAUUGUGUAUCCACCACCCUAGUUGAUGUUCAGCACUUCUUACUGAUUCAAAUCACGUUUAUAGUGCUUUUAACAGAUAGACUUGUAUAGAUCAUUGUUGUCUCAUGGUAAAUCGUGGGUCACAUUGUCGGUUUGUGCCAUCGUGGAGUACAUUGGAACCUUGCAAACUGAAAGUUAGGUGCAAUUUUUUGUAGUAAUGGUAUAUGUAUGCAGCGAUGAUUCCUUUUCCUA